AUGGCUGCGACAGAAAAGGACAAGCCUGUCGAGUCUGGAAAAGACAAGAAGACGGGUGCGAAAACUGCUACUACUACCUCUACUACACCCACCAUGGCAAAGCAAGAGGCGCCACAGCCCACACCCGCCACACCAUCCGCAAGCAAGAUCCUCGACCAAGUCCGCACAAAAGGGACACUGAAAACGGCAUCCCCCAGACUGGACAAAACAUCCAGUGGUACAAGCAGCAGCACUGAACGACCAUCACCACCCUGGCUGCGUAAACCCAGCUCCUCGCCACCACCACCACCACUACCAAGCUCUCAACAACGCACAACAACCAUUCCUCUCCCGAAAAAACCCUCGCAAGCCCCAUCUCCCAUCAUCCCCACGCGCUCCUCGCAACAACACCAAAAACAAAAUAACCCUUACCCCACUUCCUCCUCCUCCUCCUCAUCCUCCUCAUCCUACACGCGCACCUCGCAACGCCCAGCACACCCAGCGCAUCUUCCGCGGCCCGCACCGCAAUCCGCUACGCGCAUCAUCGAGCCCACGCCCGACAUGCGGCUGCCGCCCAAGUACCGGCCUGCUGCGCGCCGUGUGACGGCCAUCAUGGUUGCGCUGCCCAUUGUCAUUGUGUUUGGCUAUGAGCUUUUUGCCAGGUGGCGUGGGAAGGAGGUUAAGAAGAGGUUUGCGGAUAGGGAGGUGUAG